AUGGACUGGAUACGGGGCCUCAAGGAAGCCACGUACGACAGCUUCGCCUCGCUGCUCCACUUAGGGCAUUUCAGAGUGAAAUCAGCAGCGGCCAGGGUGGUUGCCAUGGCCUACGGCUUUUUGGUGCUGAUCAUCAUCAACACUUAUGUUGCCAACCUGGCAGCGUUCCUGACCAUCACGCAGGUGGACACAAUGAUCAACGGGCUGCAGGAUUUGACCAAACUGCCGGGAAAGAGGGUGGUUUCAGUGAGCGUGUACGGCAACAGGCUGAAGAGGCUGGGGAUAACCCCAGAAAUUGCGCAGCAGACCGAGAACAAUCAGGACCAGAUGGUGGAGGACCUUAGGGCAGGGGAGUACAAGGCCAUCGUUAUGGACGAGCCGUGGAUAUCCUACACUGCCAACACUGACGGCUGCGACCUGAAGAUGUUGCCGCAGACUUUGGAGUUCUUCGACUAUGCUUUCGCAUUCCCCAAGACCAGCGAUGAUUCCUUGGUGAAGAAUGUGUCAGAGCAGGUGCUGGCGCUGCAGGAAGAUGGGGUCAUGGAGGAUCUCGCCCGCGAGCACAUCUUCAUCAGGAGGUCGGGCUGUCCGGCGGACAGAGAAAUCAGUGAAACGAGGGCCGUGCGCUUCAGCCAGGUGCUAGGAUUGUGGAUAGUGCUGGCAUUCGCCAUCCUCAUAGCGACGCUGCUAUUAGUAUUCCCCCUCGUGCCUAGAAUUUCCAUGGGCGAUCAACAUCAACACGUUUUGGAAGGAGUCAGUGACACCUCCUCCCAACGGGUCGUGCCAACGGUUCAUUGUCUCCACGCCCCGAGCCGAACGGCGACGGUGUACCACAAAUACGCCACGAUGGACCUGGAGUGCAGCGAUGACGGAUCAGCAUUGAGCAAAGCUGUGAGGAUGGAGGUCAGGGAAGAGAUGCAGGGGAUGAGGCAGGAUCUGAUUAAGCUGGUCAAACAAAUGGCGUGCGGAUGGCGGCCCGUAGACUCCAUUUCGGCCACAGGCCUGUAUAGGUCUAUUUCCGAUCUACAGACCAGGAGAUGGGCCAGAUGGAGCCGAUGCUCCCUGCUGGGGGACCGCUGA